AUGUACGCUGCUACCGCCCUCCGCGCCAGAAUGGCCACCUCCUUCGUUGCCCGUCGUGGCUUUUCCACCACCCGCGCUCAGCUCGGUAGCCCUUACCACUACGCCGAGGGCCCUCGCUCCAACAUUCCCUUCAACCCCCUGACCAAGUACUUCUUCUGGAGAUACUGGGCUUUCAUGGUCACCGGUUUCGGUGCCCCCUUCGCCAUUGCUGGUAUGUUACCAUUCGUCCUGCGGCAGUUUACGUUCGUCUAUCUAACAUAUUCAUUCCUACAGUCUGGCAGACCUACAAGACCCGCUAAACGCUCUCUCGUGCUGUAUUUCCACAUGCAAUGGCAUUGUUGGGCAUUGGCGGCUGGUCGAAAAUGUAUCCUACGUUGGAAGCGCUCGGAAUUUGUGUAUAAAGCUAGAGAAUUUAUUAUGCUCUGA